AACCUUUCUGCAGGAGAACUUCUUGAUGAAAGGAAGAACCCAGAUCCACAGUAUGGUGAACUCAUUGAAAAGUACAUUAAAGGAAAGAUGGUGCCAGUUGAGACAACUAUCAGUUUGUUAAAGAGUGAAAUGGAUCAGACAAUGGCUGCCAAUGCUCAGAAGAAUAAAUUCUUAAUUGAUAGGUUUCCAAGAAAUCAAGACAACCUUCAGGGUUGGAAGAAGAUCAUGGAUGGGAAGGCAGAUGUGUCUUUCAUUCUAUUCUUUUACUGUAAUAGAGAGAUCUGUAUUGAACGAUGUCUUGAGAGGGGAAAGAGUAGUGGUAGAAGUGAUGACAACAGAGAGAGUUUGGAAAAGAGAAUUCAGACCUAUCUUCAAUCAACAAAACCAAUUAUUUACUUACAUGAAGAAAUGCAGAAAGUCAAGAAAAUAGAUGACUCUAAGUCUGUUGAAGUUUUUGAUGAAAUUGAUAAGAUUUUUGACAAAGAAGGCUAA